UCCAGUUCGGUUUUUACGUGAAGCUCCAAAAAUCUAUGAAAUGUGUUUGCAUGCUCGUCUCCGUGAGCGGGGAUGUAGAGGUGGGAUUGCGAGAGCGGAGAGGCUCGGGAGCCCACGCGUUCAGGCGUCCAGAAAAAGUGCGUUUGGACGUGAUUCGCCGCCCGGUUCGGCGCGCUCUCGCCUUGCUCAGGGGCUCCGCGCUUUCCGGGAGCGCACCGUGAGCUUUUGCUGCUUUCGUUUUGACGUGGAUCGGCGCGGCAAGGGAUCGGAGACGGACCGCUCGGACGGACACUCGGAGCCCUCCCCUCAGCUCGAAGCCGCCUUGGUAGGUGCGAAUUAAAAAAAAAAAAAAAUAGAGGAAAGAGGAGGGGGACGCGUUUGCGAAUAUGCAGAUGUAUAGAAGGGGCGGGUGGAUUUGGAGUAGAGGGGAUCAUAGUUUGUUGAAGUCUCAAAAGUUGGCGUGUCAUCUUUGCUGAUGAUCAACUGGUCUGGGUGAAAGAGAGAAUGGUUCCGCCGUACGCUCGCGGUCGCGCCGCUGUACACCGACCGCCGGCACUGCGCUUUCACACCGCCGAGCCCAGACAAAAGUUUACCAGUUGCCAGUGGGAAGAUGACGGCUGAGGUCUAAAGCUGGUUCUGCGGUGCCAGGGCCUGCCUGCCAUUGGCUGGCCAGUUUGUCAAAGAGGAGGCUCCUCCCUCAUCUGGGUAUCCAGUGGACUGAGAGUACUGCCUGGCUCCUCCUUUGCCAAUCCCCUGUCCCCUCCCCAACCCCACCCCCUACCCACCCACGAACACACAUACACACACUCACACCCUGGGGCUGGACCAUGUCUGGCGGACGGCCGGAGGGCAGCCGGACACCCGAGGCCCAGGACAAGGACAAAGAUAAGGACAAGGAACGGGAGCAGCACAGCUGCAGGGAAGACAGCCCCGUCGUUGAGCGCCGCAAUCGCAGCGGCAUUAUUAGCGAGCCCCUCAGCAAAAGUCUGAAAAGGUCUCGCACUCUUUCCCAGUACACAGCUGCCUGCCCACAAAACACCAACGGACUGAGCCAUAACGGCCAGGCCAAGGGGAAGGUCCAGUCUGGCCAACGCAAUCAGCAUCAGCAGCAGCAUUCGUCAUCCACGGCUUCGUCCCUGGUGCCUGCCAAAGCGGACCGGAGCCUGGAACAGGCACUUGAAGGACACAACGGCCUACUACACUUUGCCCAGGCAGCAGCGCUGCUCAAGCGAGCAGGCAUGGAGCACAUGCUGCUGCCUGGGGGCAUGGGUGCAGGGGUGGGAGUGGGUGGAGUGGGCACUGAAGCAGGGUCAGGUGACCUGGAGGGUGCAUCAGCAGGUGAUAGUGUGGGAGGCCACACGGACUUCCCGUAUGGCAUAGGUGGUGGCUUUCCCUUCAACCCGGCUGGGCUUUUCAUCAUGACGCCAGCCGGUGUGUUCCUUGCCGACAGUGCCCUGCACAUGGCCGGCCUGGCUGAGUAUCCAGCACACAGUGAGCUGGCCUCCGCCAUCAAUGCCGGCAAAAAGAAGCGUAAACGCUGCGGUAUGUGUGCGCCUUGCCGGCGCAGGAUCAACUGUGAGCAAUGCAGCAGCUGCCGCAACCGCAAGACGGGUCACCAGAUCUGCAAGUUCCGCAAGUGUGAGGAGCUAAAGAAGAAACCAUCUGCUGCACUGGAGAAGGUGAUGCUGCCAACGGGCGCGGCAUUCCGGUGGUUCCAGUAGGGCUGUGACCGCCGACCUCCACCCAAAGCUCUGCCAUCAAGUGCAAUGCUAACUCUCACUUGGACCGACUCCAGCACCGACACUGGCUAGCAAGCAUUCAAUCCACGAAAAAAAAGAGGAAACAACCACCAGAAACUUCAUAGAAACACACACACGCACACACACACACACACACACACACACACACACACACACAUACACACACACACAACAAAGCAGAAACGCAACAAAAACGUAAUCAAUCGAAUAAUGGAUGCACCUACUUAUUCCUUGAACCAAAAAUUAAACAUAAUGAAAAAAAAAAUUAUGGCAACUUUCAUUCCCUUUUAUAUGUUUCCAUUUUGGUACCUUUUUGUCCUUUUUCCAGCAGGUUUUUCUCUCGCUUAAACAUUGGAACAGUUCAUUGCCAAACAGAAAUGACAGACUGAGUGUGGACAAUCAACAAAAUUUCUGUGUUUGGUGUUAAUGUCGUUCACGUGUGGAAAGAUACAGUACUUGUGUAGAGAAUGUAAAUUUUACAGCUAUAUUUUAAAACUAGUGGCUCAUGGCAAGCACUAUUGUAAUUUAGCACCGUUGUUCUUACUUAAAACUCUGUAUUUUAUUGAUUGUUUCCUUUUUUUUUAAGUUUGAUUUUAAAUUUAUAGAUUGGAAAAACUGAUCAAUGUUUGUCAUUUAAGAAAAAGAAACUAUUUCAAGAUGUAAAAAUCCCGUUUUUCUGAAUGGAAUGAAAAAACAAAUAUAUGUUGAGACCCCACGGUAGUGUAUAGUCAGAAUAGAUGAUGACUGUUGUACAUGUGGGGUUGCUACUACUGGAAGCUCCUUGACCGCCAAACCAUCCAUCUGUCCUAACAUUUAAGUCUGCACUGUUUUGUUGUAAGACUGCGGCCAUACUUUUCGUUACGACGUCGCCAUUGUGCAGGUGUGGAUUCAUCCUCCUAAGCACUUGGAGACAGCACUUGCCCAAUUAAACGCACUGAAAAAUUAUUCUUUUUUUUUUUUUUUUUAAAUUGUUUGUUGGUUACUUUUUUUUUUCAUGACAUUGCCAGUAGCUACAUCUUUUAAAAUGAACAGCGAUGUUUGUAUUGGAAUUAGAAGUAUGGGCUGGUUUUGUGAAUAAAAACAAAUGCAUGUA